AGAGCACUUCUGCUCUGUUCUGUGAGAAUAAAACACUGCAGUUUCAAAAAAACAUUUCCUUCUCUCUCCUGGAAUAACGCACAGCGGAGCAUUACUUUUUUUUCCCCUUUUUUUUUACAAUGAUUAGUUAGUUUGGUUAUCGUAUGGAGAAACCCAAUUCCUCAGUGCAGCUUGGAUCUAACAGAGAAAGACAAAAGCAGUUUUCAGCUCCAACUGCAGAUUAACAAUCCACAGCAUCGGGUAAUACAGGAAGAAAAAGCAACUUGGCCUCUGGAUUUUCCAUCUCCCACAGAAGCAAAACCAGCUGGAAGACUUUUUUUCUUGCCUCCUGACAGUCACCACGCUGGUGGUAAAAUGAAGAUACUCAAGUGGACUUUGGGUGUCCUGCUGUUCCUGCUGUUGUCCAUCGGGCGCUGCACGGAACAAUCCACGCCGAGCAAGACGCCCCAGCGGAGACACCCUCGCUCAGCAGAGGGUGGGGAGGAAGGCAAGAAAUGUGGUUACACCUUCCUGGUCCCAGAGCAAAAAAUCACGGGGCCAAUUUGCGUGAACACCAACGGACCAGCUGGCGGCAGCAGGAAGGACGAAGUCACCAGGAUGGACAUCGAGAACCUGAAGGACGUGCUGUCCAAGCAGAAGCGGGAGAUUGACAUUUUGCAGCUGGUGGUGGACGUGGAUGGCAACAUCGUGAACGAAGUGAAACUACUGAGGAAAGAAAGUCGGAACAUGAACUCCCGGGUCACCCAACUGUACAUGCAGCUCUUGCACGAGAUAAUCCGCAAGCGCGACAACUCCCUCGAGCUUUCCCAGCUGGAAAACAAAGUCCUUAACGUCACAACGGAAAUGCUGAGGAUGGCAACGAAAUACAAGGAGCUCGAAGUAAAAUACGCAGCACUGACUGAUCUGGUGAACAACCAGUCUGUGACGAUCUCGCUGCUGGAAGAGCAGUGCUUGAGAAUCUUCUCGCGACAGGACAGCCACGGCUCCCCGCCCCUCGUCCAGGUGGUGCCACAGCACAUUCCCAACAGCCAGCCCUACACUCCCGUCCUCCUGGGAGGCAACGAGAUACAGAGAGACCCGGGAUACCCCAGAGAUGUGAGGCCACCACCUGAUCCAGCCACUUCUCCUACAAAGAGUCCUUUCAGAGUGCCCCCGCUGGCUCUGAUUAAUGAGGGUCCAUUCAAAGACUGCCAACAAGCCAAGGAAGCUGGACAUUCCAACAGUGGCAUUUACAUGAUCAAACCUGAAAACAGCAACGAGCCAAUGCAACUGUGGUGUGAGAACAGCCUGGACCCCGGAGGAUGGGCAGUAAUUCAGAAGAGGACAGAUGGAUCUGUCAACUUCUUCAGGAACUGGGACAGUUACAAGAAAGGAUUUGGAAACAUCGAUGGAGAGUACUGGCUGGGACUGGAAAACAUCUACAUGCUCAGCAAUCAGGAUAAUUACAGACUAUUGAUCGAGCUGGAGGACUGGAGCAACAAGAAGGUGUACGCCGAGUACAGCAGCUUCCGCCUGGAGCCCGAGAGCGAGUUCUACCGGCUGCGCCUCGGCACCUACCAAGGGAACGCAGGAGAUUCCAUGAUCUGGCACAACGGGAAGCAAUUCACCACACUGGACAGAGACAGGGACAUGUAUUCAGGAAACUGCGCUCACUUCCACAAGGGCGGCUGGUGGUACAACGCGUGUGCCCACUCCAACCUCAACGGGGUGUGGUACAGGGGAGGCCACUACAGGAGCAAGUACCAGGAUGGAAUAUUUUGGGCUGAGUACCGGGGAGGCUCCUACUCCUUGAAAGCAGUUCAGAUGAUGAUCAGGCCUAUAGACUGAGGAGAGAAAGCCCACAGCGCUCAAGUGAUCCCGUGUAAACUUCCCGGUGCUUCAGUUCCAG